AUGUAUUAUGAUGAAGUCCCUCUUUCUCUUAUUGAAGAAUUAAUUGCCGUUAAUGUACGAUCUACCCUUGUUGUUACUCGCGCUGUUCUUCCAGGGAUGAAGAAAAGAAGGAAGGGUUUAGUAGUUUGUGUAGGUAGUGGUGCAUCUGUUCUUCCUUCUGAUCCCCUUUAUGCUGCUUAUGCUGCAACAAAAGGAGCAGCAGAGGCAUUCUGUAGAUCUCUACAGGGUUUAGACACAUAG